AUGAAAGGCUGGUGUGCUGAAAAUUGGAAAUGCAAAAUCGAACUCAAAACCCUUCCAAAUGGGUUUUUCUUGGUAAUCACUGAAGACGGUAAGGAUAAGCAAGGAAUUUUAAAUAACGAACCUUUUUUCAUGGGUGGAAGGGGUUUGUAUGUUAGGGAUUGGGAACCUAACUUCAAUCCGGUGCUGGCUCUGAUUAAAGAGGUACCUAUUUGGCUAAGAUUAUAUAACCUCCCCAAAGAAUACUGGAAUGAGGAGUUCUUCCAAACCCUAGGUAACAAACUAGGUUUCUACAUCAAAGCGGAUGAGGCUAUUGAGUCCAAAGACUUCAGUACGUAUGCGCGAAUAUGUAUUGGGUGGAAACCCCAUUACCCACUUCACGAACAAGUUGAGAUCAUAACAAAUGCAAGACGGUGGCUUCAAAAUAUAGAGGUGGAGGAAUCUAACAAAAUAUGCGAGCAUUGCAAUAAAGAAGGACACAUGGAGGAAACCUGUUUAAUAGGCCCUAAAGGGAAAACUGUGGAGACGACGUUAGAAGAUGAGGUUACCUUCUACGCGAACAAGGAAAGUACAAGGAAGGAGAUGAGAUCAAAUGAGGACACGAGUCAACCUCUGCAAAAUCCCUUUAUUCAGGGGGAGGUCUCGAUGGCCCACAACAAUACCACCCAGGAGAUGGAAGAAAUUGUAACAGAUGUUGUUCUUAUUAACAAACAAAGGGAGGUUGCAGGUUGGGUAGAAGAUGUCAUUGCAAGAGUAGAGAAAGCAGUUGAUAUUCUGGAUGAGGUUAAAUCCAGGGUCAUUCCUCCCAUGGAAACAGGAGUCAGUUCGGAGAUAGUACAACACUUUGAGAAGGAUAAGGAAUUGGGGACUAACAAGGAUGAAUCCAAGGAAAAUAGGGAAUCUGAUGGAGCUGAUGAUGAGGAUGAAUGGGAAUGGAUGGAUGAGAAAGACAUUCUGGAAACAAGGACAAUAGAGAAAACGGAGCCGGUGUGUAACAAGGUGCGGAUGGGGGAAAAGAGAUCCCGAGGCAGAAAGUCAAAUUAG